AUGACGAUUUUCUCCCUUGCCCUUGGGAUAACACUAGCCAUUCUAUACAGCGGCGGUUGUUCUACGGCGAUAAACAUAAGCGCCGCCGCCGCCGAUGCCACUUUUAGCAUCGACCUCAUCCAUCGUGAUUCCAUCAAAUCCCCCUUUUACGAUCAUGGAAUAACCUUUUCACAACGCCUUGGUCGUGCUUUGCAACGCUCUUUUGAUAAGGCCAGAUGUCUCAAACCAAGCUCAUCGACGUACCAAACCCAGAUAAGUCCCGAUUGGGGGGAGUAUCUCAUGAACAUUUUCAUCGGAAACCCGUCGCAUCAAAUCUUGGCCAUCGCAGAUACCGGUAGCGAUUUGACAUGGAUACAAUGUAGACCUUGCACUCAAUGUUAUAAGCACACUGGUUCGAUUUUUGACCCAAAGUCAUCUUCGACUUAUAAAGCACUUGGUUGUAAAUCGGAGGCAUGUAGGGAUCCAUCAUUUCUCGAAACCAAUUGCUCAUCAACAAAAACUUGUCAGUAUACCACCAGUUAUAGUGACGGAACUUAUAGCAUCGGUGAUGUCGCUACGGAAACCAUCAAGAUAGGUGGUCGGACCAUCCAAGAUAUCGUUUUCGGUUGCUCUUUCCGCAACGGCGGUAUUUCCCAUGAGACCUCGAGCGGUGUUGUUGGCCUUGGCGGAGGAGACUUCUCCCUUGUGUCACAAUUACGUACUUUAGUGGCACCCAAGUUUUCAUACUGUCUAAUCCCAUACCCGGUGAACGAUGAUUUGUCGAAAUUGUCCAGUAAACUCGUCUUCGGUGACAUAAUUAGUUUCGGGUCACAAGUCGUUUCUACUCCGCUCGUCCCAAAAUGGCCACGUAUGUUUUAUUACGUGACGCUAGAAGGGAUCAGUGUGAGCGAUAUACGACUGAAGUAUAGCGACUUCUCGAACCCCACAAAGCGGAUGCAUAAAGGGAACAUGAUCUUGGAUUCAGGUGCAACCUUGACAACGUUACAUGAUAAGCUGUACCAUAAAGUGGAGGCGGCUAUCAAGGAGAACCUUAAAAAUGUGAGAAGGGUUGAAGACCCGCAAAAGAUAUUGAGUUUGUGUUAUGUUGCUAAAGAAGUGAAGUACGCCCCUAAAAUCACGAUGCAUUUUGAGGGGGCGGAUGUCUUGUUGCUUAGACAUAACGUAUUUGUGCCGGUUGGUGAGCAGGUUAUAUGUUUAGCGAUGGUGCCCACUUCAGAUGUUGCCAUUUUUGGGAACAUCGCACAGGGUAAUUUAUUGAUCGGUUAUGAUUUAGAAAACAAAAGGGUGUCGUUUCAGCGUACCGAUUGUACGAGGUUGAAGGUGUAA